CCCAAGCGCUCAAUUUUGCACUUGUUCAACAUCACCAAGCACACUCGACAAGGGCAUCUUGCUUGAACACAACGUCAAGAUGGCGACCGAAUUGACUGUGCAGAGCGAGCGCGCUUUCCAGAAGCAGCCCCAUAUCUUCCUCAACAGCAAGACGAAGAUCAAGUCGGGCCGGCCUGGAAAGAACGGCAGAAGAUGGUACAAGGAUGUCGGAUUGGGCUUCCGCACCCCGAAAACAGCGAUUGAGGGCAACUACAUCGACAAGAAGUGCCCGUUCACCGGUCUCGUCUCGAUCCGCGGCCGUAUCCUGACCGGCACCGUCGUCUCCACCAAGAUGCACCGAACUCUCAUCAUCCGCCGAGAGUACCUCCACUACAUCCCCAAGUAUGCCCGAUAUGAGAAGCGCCACAAGAACCUGGCGGCGCACGUUUCCCCUGCCUUCCGUGUUGAGGAGGGUGACCAGGUUACGGUUGGCCAGUGCAGACCACUGAGCAAGACGGUCCGAUUCAACGUUCUCCGUGUGCUUCCCCGAACUGGCAAGGCGGUCAAGAAGUUCAGCAAGUUCUAAGGGCAAGGGGCUUUUUAUUGGGCAUUUCUGGCGCGGUUUGCUUUGGGGCUUCAUCUUCUCAGAAAUGGGACGGCUGGCAGGGAAGAAACUGCUUGAGCACGAAAAAUCUCGUAGAUGCAGUUUCGAAUGAAAAAUAUCAAGCCAAUUCGCGAAAGAGGAAGACACAGGAGUGAUCCCAGAAGGCUACUAACGGUUGUUCUACGUGGAGGAGUCUUGUCUGUCAAGUGGAAUCUGGGGGUCUCGAUCAUCUCUUGGGAUCUGCACAGCAUGCCUUGGAAAAGGUCAAGAGUUGCUUUUGCAUGCCCCAGGAUGGCCUAGGCAAUGUUGUUUUUUUGAGUCUGCCAUUCAUGAAUCGAAUGAACACCGUGACGAAAUUACUUUUCCCGCCCAUAUGGACG